AUGGAUACGCAGUCCGCCGAUCCUGGAGGGGCCGAAACCAGUCUCAGCAGGCCUGGUGGUCACAACGACAGCGCCUUCUUUAGCAUGGAGGACAGCAUGGCCGGCCAUCUCGCCGAAAGCGUCGACGAGGAUCAAGAGGAGGGCGUGGCUCGCAGCCCGAAUGGCAGCCCCGACCAGGGCCGCGAGGAUGCUCCCGAUGGCACUCUCGCAGGCGGCCAAGACCGCGUCCUCGAUCGCCUCAACAAUAGCUCGGACGACGUCCUCGAAGGCAGCGUGGACGACCUCGAUGGCAAGAUCGCCAUCUUUGUGACCGCCGUCAAUGCCUGCCUCGACCUGUGGGAACGUCGCGGCCCGGGCGGUGGCCAGGCUGGACGCCAAGUGAGCGACGGCAGCAGCACUAUCGAUGAGAACGAGGGUGAAACGCUGUACCAGGCUAUCGAGGGCUUCUUCAAGAACCUUGACGACUUUGAGAUGAAAAAGGCCCUGCUCAUCAUAGGCGUGGGCAACGUCUUGGUCAGGCUCGCCGACAGCGAUGAACUGCGCGACAGCGUGCUGCGCCGCCUCGCCGACCUGCUCCCUGCCCGCUAG